AUGCCACCUGAGGUGCCACCUUUGGCAAGCCCACACAGCCAGUGGCGAACGCUCGAAGGCCAGGUGUGGGAGGCUGUCCAGAACCCAGAUCUGUUGGGAGCAACUUCAGAGGUGGUUGGCCACCUUCUUGAUCAGGUUGAGCAGGGCAGCUUAGGUUGGUGGCUGUGCCAGGAGAUCUUGGCCCUCCAACGUUCUUUUGACUUAACUAUGCUCUUGCUUGUUGCUCGGGGCUUUGAAGUUUUGUGCAAAUCGCAGCCACAGGGGCACAGGCAAAUGCGAGUCACAUCUUGCAACAUUACUUCUUGGAGACCAGAAGUCAAGCAAUGGUUUUCAGCUCAAGGGGAUGUUAUCUUGAUUCAGGAGCACCAUCUUUUGGAGUCCCAAGUUGUUGCUGAAAUCUCGUCUAUGGCUGCCAUGGGCUUCGACUCCUUCCUUUUGCCCGCAGCCCCUGGGGAAGGCCGACGGAAUAGCUCUAGAGGCGGAGUUGGGGUUUUAGUUAGAGCCCACCUGGGAGCCCGUUUGCGAGGUCAGUAUACCAACCAAGGCUGUGGCUACGUGGCGGUGACGCUACGCACACAAGGGGCUGACUUGACAGUAGUUAGCCUGUACCUCCAGUCUUCCUCCGGCUUCGGGUCCCCGGUCAACUCUGACAUCCUUGCAUCUCUGCGCGCAAUUCGUCAAUCUGUGAGGGGCCCAAUCCUGAUAGGUGGAGACUGGAACUCGCCUUUGAAGGAUUUGUUGGACACUGCCAUUUUUCAAAGUUUGUCCCUGGAACCAAUUGGGCCCAACAAAGCCACCUGUGGUGACAAUGAGCUUGAUUUUCUGGCUGUAUCACACUGCCUGGAAGGUUUGCUCCGGGUUGAUGCCUCCUGGGAUGUUCCUUUCAAGCCACAUGCAGCAAUCCAAGUUGCCCUCAAUGUGGGCGCUUUCCAGCUCACCACUCCACAGCUUCCCUCCUUUGUGCUUUCCUUCAGGGAAGAACCGCUUGAUUACAUACAGGUUGAGGAGACCCUCGCCUCUUUGCCGGAUACCACCUUUUCGGCUGACCCCCUGAGCAAUCGACUGGCUUCCAUUUCCAGUUCGGUUGAGCACAGUCUUUUGCAAUCGUCCCAGGGUAUUGGUCGCCAACUCCAAGUUGAAUUCCUCCCAGCUGUUCCUCGCAUGUCCCAGUUCGCAUGGGAAGGUUCUUGCCAGGCUUUUUGGCACCGGGUACAAUUUCUGUGCCAGGGAGACCACCCCAAACGUCGAGAGCAAUGCCAGGAGUAUUUGCCGCAGAUCCUGGACCACUGGCAGGGCAACUCGGAGGAGGCUGUUUCUUUUCUUUCUACGCUCCAGGCCUGUCUCUCGGAGCAGGCUGCUGUUCCCGAGCCCGUCCAGCAAUUAUUGCAGGAGCAAUUUCUGCUGGCCUCUAAAGUUCACCAGGAUGCCCAGACCAAGUCGUACAGGUCGUGGUUGCAGGGAGCCCAAGAAAAAGGGAUGGCCCCCCUUUUCAAGACGAUCAAAAAAGGUGAAAUCACCACUGCACGUCCCUUUCGGGAUCUGUCCGCAGAGGUCCGCGCCCUGGCUAGAACCAAACUAUGGCUCCGCACUUGGAAAGGCGUACUUAGAGUUGAGGACCUUCCUCCUCUUCCACACGCAGAGCAACAGGCUCGCGGAAAGCUACGGGAACUGGCUGCUCAGCAGGUCGCUACCCUGAGCCCCAUUUCCCCGGAACAGCUGCAACAAAGGUUUUCCAAAGGCAGGGUCACUGCCCCAGGACCGGACGGCUGGAGCAAGUCCCUUCUCAAGAAAUUGACUUGGCCAAUGCUUCAGGACAUCGCUGAAUUUUAUCAGGAGCUCGAAAGAGGCCUCCGAGUCCCGCAGCAGUUUCUCCUGACACAAGUUUGUAUGUGGUCCCUGAUCCAAGAGUGGACGGUCUCCUACCAGGCCCUGGCUCCUUGGGAUGCCGCAGUGCCAGGUUUCUAUGAUUGUGUAGUUUGGGCCUCGGUAGUCGACACCGGACUCCUGUUGCAGUUCCCACCUUUGCUUUUGGAGCUUUCCCUUCAAAUUUAUGGUGGGGACCUUCAGGCUACUGGCCUCACUCACAACAUCGACCAGUGGCUGGAUGACAUUUCGGCUGACGUGGUCGUAGGCUGGCUGUCCAGCAAGGGUUGGGGCGGGGUUGAGCUUGCUCGCCAUGACUUGGGGAAAAAACGGAAUCAAGAGGGCAACCUCUCCAAAGCCGUCACGACUCUUUGGCAGAAGUUUCCCCCAGAGGUCCAGAAGGAACUGAGCGAGGCAGGUUUCCAAGCAGGCCGGCAGCCGAGUCCGCCUCCAGGCCUCCAGUCUGGAAAAGGCAACGGGGCAAAGGGUGGGCUUGACGAGCAGGCCGAAGCCUCUAAGAACCUGUGGGAUUCUGCGUCUGAUGAUCAGAAGAAGCUGAUGCGCCAAGCUGGCAUCCCUGAGCCGGUUGCGUCGGAGCCAACAGACCUUGCGGCCCUUUGCAAGAAGCACUUGGAGUCAAUGCCGCCUUCGAUCCAGCAAGCCCUUGCAGCACUUGAUCCUCCGGCCCCCACGCAGACUCAGCAGAUUGAGAUUGCAACUCGUCGCUUUAAGCAGAGCACUACGGACUUGCGACUGAUGAUCCAGCAAACUGCUGCCUUACAGAUUCGCAUAGACCGAGCCAAAGCAACCUACCAGGAGCUGCUUGAGAAGAUGAAGGUUUGCCAAUCUGAUUUGCAGAGCAAACAAGCUGAAGUCACGGCUAUGCAGUCGGAGUUGGAAGCCACACUCCGUGCUGAUGCUUCGGGUCUGGAGGACCCCGCGCGCAAGGACGAUCCCUUGGAAGGGCUUCUAGAUACGCUUGCCAAAGUUGGAAUUGUCCUGACCCAGGAGCAGAAGGAGCUUUACGAGGAGGCCCAGCGCGGCAAGCUUAAUGAUGGGCAGCAGAAUAUGGAAGUUGAAGCCACAAACCAGCCUGGUUUGACGGCUCCGACCCGUGCCCCGCUGAGCCAAACUCUGCCAGAACACAAGGGCACUGAGCCGCAUGAGCAAGCCAAGCCCAGGUCCAGGAGCCGAGGCCGUAGCACGCAGCAAGGUUAG